UGAAAAUAAUGGCAUUGCUCAUUAGAUGCGCUUUCUAGCAGCGCCAGUCCUUCAGGUAGAUCUGGAGUUAAGUGCCAGGCUGGUGCUUGAGUGCAGUCUCUUAACUUGGCUCAUUAUAAUAUGCCAACAAUAACAAAUAAUUCCUUGCCAGUUGCCAUUACAAAAGUAUGUGGAAAUAUAGCUAUAAAUAUUAAAUUGGCCUCUGCAUCGAUUUAUUUUGUCUGCUGAUGCUUGAUGUCCUUUGUUGGGUGCGUGCGUGUGGGUGGUUUUGGAUGUGGGCGCCAGUUCUCAGUUCUAUUAAUUGGCAUUAGCUGUGCACUUGAAACUAUUAAAGUCUUGUUUUCUCUUGUUCUGUCCUCUUUAUCUUUGCCUCUCUAGACAGCACAUGGAUUUACCAAGGCCACUAAAAAAGCUGCUCAGCUGCAGUUUGUGUCGACGCAUGUAUGACCCAAGCGAUGCCGCAAGGUGGCCCAAGGAUCUUAACUGUCGGCAUACCUACUGCGCCGGCUGUCUGCAGCAGCUGGCUGGCUACCUGAAGGUGACAUGUCCCCAAUGUGAGCAGGAGACUGAGCUGCCGGCAUUUGGAUCGCUACCCACCAAUGAGGGUUUGCUGUUUAUGCUGCAACAGCUGCCGGCUUUGCAGCUGGGCAUGGCCAUGAUGCAGAUGCAGACGGAGCAACGAUUGCAGCCGACUAGCAGCCGACUAGCCGGGCGCAACUGGCUCAUUGAGGUGGGUUUGGGUAGACAGCCGCGCGGCGCCCACGAACAUUGCAAUGUCCAUGCCAUGCCCAAUACGACAUGGUGCCACACCUGUCAGCGGCUGCUGUGCCGCGUAUGUAUCGUAGAUGGGGAGCACCAUAAGCAUCAGAUGACGCGUCAGCUAAACAUGUGCGAUAUGUUGCGUCGCCUGAUCGGCCAGGAGCUGAGCACAAUUGAGGAGCGCAUUACGUAUGCCGGAGUGCUAGCCGCGGCCGAUAUGUCGCUGUUGCGCCGACUCUUCGAAGCCUGCGACACGGUGCAGCAGCAUGUGCAGCGGCAAUUGCGUCAGCAUGCGCCAACUCUUCACAUAUGCCACAUGCGCGACUGGUGGCUGCGCGUCACCGAGCAGAUGCAGACGCAUGGCAUCUUCGGGGGCAACUUUACGCGCUUCGAGCUGCUGCGUCUGCUGAACGAGCUGCAGGUGCAGUGCAAGAAAUUCCACAAGCAGAUGCUGUACAUCUAUCGUGAUUGUCGUUUGCGCGCAAGCAUCCGCGAGGGCGGCUUCCAGCUGCUGGACUUUGAGCAACUGCAUCGCCGACUCAUGUCGCUGCGCCAGCCGCCAUUUGAAUCGGCGCCGGCUACAGUGGAGCCGCCGCCGCAACUUCUACUAACAAACUACUGCAUCUAUGAAUACUGGUGCACUAUUCAAAGGCAGCUGUUGCCAGCAGAUCUGGAGGAGGUGGAGCAGUUGGAGGAGGACGCUCCAGUGUUGCAGCUGCAGCGGUUGCCAUUGGUGCAGGUGAAUUACCCUCGCAUGUCUACAUUGUGGGAGGGCAUGAGUGGCUCCUCCUCCGACAGCAGCAACAGCCGCAGCAGCAGCGUCAGCAGUAGCAGCAGUGACACCCCCAACAACAAGUACAACAACCCGGCGGGUCUACUAUUUGAGGACAACGCCUACAAUCGGCUAAAUCUAGACCAGCAGCUGCGCACAGUCAAGCAACGCAAAGAUGUGGCACAGCCUGCCAAUUUGAUUUUCUGCAUGACGCAGCGCACUCAAAGCUUGCAACUGACAGUUGAAUCACAUCCACAAAGCGUCGAUUUUGACUUCGAUAUGCCCAGCACAUCCGCAGCUGCAGCUGCAGCUGCUGCAGCAGUCGCCGCAGCCGCAGUCACCCACGAAACAGUUGCAGCCACCCCAGGAGCAGUUGCGGCCACCCCAGCAGCAGUUUCGGCUGCCCCAGGUGCAGUUCCAGCCGUCCCUGUCGUUGGUGCAGCCGCAACCGCAGCUGCUCAAGUGGGGCUGAUCCGUCGUCCUAAUUCUAUGAUGUAUCCCAUCUACUAUCUGGACAUGGUCAUGGAGGACAAGCCAGUGGGUCGUGUGCUUAUCGAGGUGCGCAACGACGUAGCACCGCGCAUGGCAGAGAAUUUUCGCGCACUGAUCCUGCACGAGCGUGGCUUUGGCUAUAGAGGCUGCUCCGUAUUUCAGGCCUGCGGCGAUGAGAGUAUUAUCACUGGCGACUUUGAGCUACAGAAUGGACGUGGCGGUUAUGCAGCCAUCGAUGGUGGUUUCUUUAUACCGGAUAACACUGGGUUGCCGCCAAAACGCGGCGCAGUCGGCAUGCGACGUGGCCAGAAGCGUUGCGAUAAUAGUGGAUCUGUGGGCAGCCAAUUUCGCAUGGUGCUUUAUAAGAGGCUCCCUUUUUCGGCCAUAUUUGGCUUCAUUGUGGAUGGGAUCGAUGUGCUGGACAAGAUAGCAAGUACGGCCAGUGCAACUGGACGGCCCGCGAUGUGCACCUUUAUCAAGAAUUGUGGCGAGUAUCGCCACAACAGAAUCUAAAUGUUUGCUAGUGACAGCCCCUCCCCACCCCUAGAAACUCUGCUUAAUCGUUUAGAAAAUUAUUGACAACUCAACGAGUUCUCAGCCCAGCUCAAAGAAACCUAUUACAAAACGAUAUAUAAAACAUAACCAAAGCGACAAAGUCCAGCGAAUAUAUAUUUAAAAGAAAUCUAUAUAUAUGUGUA